UUGUUCGUCACGCAGUCGGGGCCAUGCGUGUUUGUUCGCAAUUCGGACUUUCGAACCAACAUCAGGUCUUCACGCCGAGUGCCGUAUGUGGGGUUUAUCUGACUUGAGUCUUCUGCUACUGCCGCUGCUAUACGGCAUCCUACAUAUAUCUUGCUUCCCGCAAAACCGAAUAACCAAAGACAUGAUUCUGGAAAUGAGCCAGCACAUAGACGCGCGCUUAUCCAAACUAUCGCCGAUUCGGUCCCAAAAAAUCAUCCUUGUUAUCCUCCAUAUUUGCUGCCAUGCCUCACAUAUGCAACUGCCAACUCCGCGUUAGGAUGACAGAACGUCCACGAUACCUCUGUAUUUUUACUAUCUGUCAAACUAGGGUCAAGAACUGGAGCGCUUGCACAGCAGAAAGUCUUGUUUUCUGCUCCACUGUGUCACUGUCCGUUCUGUCAUCA